AUGACAGAUGCCAUUUUAAAUGAGUUGGGAUUAGACGAGCUUGCGCUCGUUUACAACCCACCUUAUAACUUGGAACAGUUAGUGUCCACUCGUACCUCAGGCUCCGCGCGAAAAAAUGGUGGGCACCCGCCCCGUCCACCUAAUUGCUUUUUUUUAUUAAAAAAUGCAAUUAUGUUGGUGGCGUCUUUGGUGUGGGAAAAAGCCCCUGAAGACGUAAAGUCUUUAUAUUGUGAACUCUCAAAAGAGGCACUUAAGUUGCACGCCGCAAAAUAUCCACAUUAUAAAUUUAAGCCUAAAAAACGCCAGGUUUUUAAGGCUUAUAACCCACAUAAGAGAGAGGGCUCGCUUGAUGUUCCCAAAAUGGUCCCAGCACCAUCACCUUCGUCUCCUACACUCCUUUCGCCGCCACUUACGCCCCCCCUAACCUUUCCGGUCCCAGAAUACUUCUACUUUUCUGCUUUUCCUGCUGCUGGCCCACGGGAAUACACAGCUGAUAUUGGAUUUCACCCGGGGGUUAAUGGUGUGCAAGAACUUUAUCUUAAUUUGGAAAACCCAUGGGUUUUCAAAUUCGAUAAUAUACAUUAG